CAAUCUUAAAAAUGAGAAAAAAUCAAAAUGAGAGAAUUAAAUCAGGGAGUAUUUCAAAAAUCUAGUGGCAUUAAAGUGUGUUUUCCGCAAAAAAANGUGUAUGCAUAGAAGAAAUAAGAGGAAUGGUGCAAAGAUUGAGGGGGGCAAAGAAAAUGAUGGCAAGGGAGGAGGGGGAGGCGCCGCCCGCUUGCCCUCUGCGCCUAAACAGACCUACGCCCUACAAGUGGAGGACCCGCCCUACCCUAGCGGCGGCGGCUCCUCCACGGCGGUGGCGGAGCUGCACGAGGCACCCUCCACCCUGCUGGGGGACGACUACCCGCCCGUGCGAAGCUACGGGGAUUUGAGGGAUCUGUUCUGGUUGGAGUCUGGGAAGGUGUGGGGCAUAGCUGGUCCUAUUGCCUUCAACAUUUUGUGUAAUUAUGGGAUCAAUUCCUUCACAAGUAUAUUUGUUGGCCACCUUGGAGAUGUGGAGCUCUCUGCUGUUUCCAUUUCCCUCUCUGUCAUUGCUAACUUUUCCUUUGGAUUCUUGUUAGGCAUGGGUAGUGCACUAGAGACAUUAUGUGGGCAAGCAUUUGGAGCAGGGCAGAUAGAGCUUCUUGGAGUGUACCUGCAAAGGUCAUGGCUAAUCCUUGGGGCAUCAUGUGUUUGCAUGUUGCCACUAUACACACAAUCCACCCCAAUACUAAAGCUGUUGGGCAUAAGAGACGAUAUCGCGGAGCUAGCGGGGGACUUCUCCAUCAAAAUCAUACCCCAAAUGUUCUCCCUCGCGAUAAACUUCCCCACCCAGAAGUUCCUGCAGGCGCAGGUCAGGGUGGGGAUUCUGGCGUGGGUGGGGUUUCUGGCCCUCAUCACCCACGUCGGGCUGCUUUUCCUCUUCGUCAGGGUGUUCAGGUGGGGCACGGGUGGGGCCGCGGUGGCCUACGACGUGUCUGCUUGGGGGGUGGCGUUGGCCCAAGUGGUGUACAUUGUGGGGUGGUGCAGAGACGGGUGGAGGGGCCUCUCGUUGUUGGCUUUCAAGGACCUUUGGCCUUUUGUCAGGCUCUCCGUCGCCUCGGCUGUCAUGCUCUGCUUAGAGAUUUGGUACUUCAUGACCAUCAUCGUCAUGACCGGUCACCUCGGCGACCCUGUCAUCGCCGUUGGCUCUCUCUCCAUCUGCAUGAACCUUAAUGGAUGGGAAGGCAUGUUGUUCAUUGGAAUAAAUGCAGCAAUAAGUGUCAGGGUGUCAAAUGAGCUAGGAUCAGGGCACCCAAGGGCAGCAAAGUACUCAGUGUAUGUGACAGUGGCAGAGUCACUGUUGAUAGGGAUAUUCUGCAUGACAAUAGUCAUUGCAGCAAGGGAUCAUUUUGCUGUGUUCUUCACAGACAGUCUGAGGAUGCAGAAAGCUGUUUCCAACUUGGCUUACCUUCUUGGUGCCACUAUGUUGCUUAACAGUGUUCAGCCUGUUAUCUCAGGUGUGGCAGUAGGAGGAGGUUGGCAAGCCCUUGUGGCAUACAUUAACUUGACUUGCUAUUACAUCUUUGGCCUUCCCCUUGGCUUCCUUUUAGGUUAUAAAGCAGAGUUAGGAGUUCAGGGAAUAUGGAUAGGCAUGAUUUUGGGAACAUUUUUGCAAACUAUAAUUCUGUCCAUUAUAGUCUGGAAAACCAAUUGGGAUGACGAGGUAAUGUAUGAGUUUUAGAAAACUAAAUUUCAGACAUUGAUUGUGAAACAAUGAAUUUCAUAUUGAAAUACACUAUUUUUUAAAAAAAAAUCUGGAUUUAUAAUAUGUACUCCCUCUGUCCCAAAACUAUGUUUGUGUUUUCUUCGUUACGACAUUCCGCAAUAAAGUUUGCAUUUUUUUUUAAAGAAAGAAUUUGUACGGUU